AUGACUCUCACUCGUUCUUUCACCUUCCUGUUGUCCCUCACAGCUUUCACCGCUUGCGUUGCAGGCCCUGUACAAAGUCCGUCAUUGGUCCUACCUCCAAGUGCCGCAGAUCAUCGUCAAGCUGUCAAAGAUAUCUUUCAACGCAGUUACAAUGCUUACAGGAAGUUUGCUUUCGGGCACGAUGACUUGGAGCCUUUGAGCGGAAGGUUUAACGAUGGACGUAACGGAUGGGGAGCUUCCAUCGUGGACGCGAUGCCGACAAUGUUCAUCAUGGGAUUCGAUGAUUUUUUUAACGAAGCGCUCACAUUCGUCGGGAAUAUCGAUUUCAGCAAGUCUCAAACACCUGAUACCGUCAGUGUCUUCGAGACGACUAUCCGCUAUCUGGGAGGACUUCUUAGCGCCUACGAACUCAGUGGACAGAAUCACGGAGUUCUUUUGGACAAGGCUAAACAAGUUGCAGACAAGAUGGCUUUCGCUUGGAAACAACCUAACCGAAUCCCAUAUGGGAACAUCGAUUUUUCUACUAAUACUCCGACUGUUGGUUUGGUGAGGAUAGCUUAUCAUGAUAUGACCUGGCGGAUCACUGAAAUUCCCACUCUUCUCGAAAGAGUAGUAUCGCCGGGGCUGGAACGGUGGGUACCUCGGGCAUUUGGGUACAAUAUCCAUCCGACUGACCAUAGUACCGCUAUUUUAUUGAAGCUUGACCUUGAGUGGGCCACCCUGACAAAACACACCGGCAACGACACGUACAGGAGCCUGGCUGAAGGCACUGUCCGAACUAUUGCAGCUAUCCCUCCUCCUUUGCCAGGUAAUGUUGAGAGAUACAUGCUUCAGGAAGCCUCGUUCAUAGUGAUUUCCUCUAUAGGUCUCGCGGCUCGAACCGUUGACCCUGCAACCAACAAGUUCACCGAUCGCAUUAUAUCUUGGGGAGGAAGUUCGGACAGUUAUUUUGAAUAUCUGAUUAAAUACGCACGACUUACCAAUACCAACGACAACCUGUUUGCGGAUACUUGGGCUACCGCCGUCGAUUCUUCCAUCAGAUUUUUACUUCGGAUAUCGACUGUUGGCGAUCAUGUCUAUCUAGCUGAUCAGGAUGGUUCCGGCAACAUUAUUGGCGUUGGUUCUCAUUUGGCGUGCUUUAACGGUGGAAAUUGGAUCUAUGGAGGACGGCUUCUGAAUAACGAGACUAUUUUCAGGAUCGGGCUGGACCUGACAGAAGCAUGUUGGAAUACCUACGCCAGCACUCAAACGGGUAUCGGUCCAGAAGUAUUCCGAUAUGUCACCACCAACAAGACCGAUUCUUCGAAUAAUGCAACGCUCACUCCAGAGCAACGGACCUUCUAUGAAAAACACGGGUUCUAUAUCACAGGUGCUGAUUACAUUCUCAGACCCGAGGUAUUAGAGUCCAAUUUCUACGCCUGGCGUGCUACGGGGGAUACGAAGUAUCUCGAUCGCGCCGCUAGCGCCAUUGAGAGCUUCAACACGCACCUCCUGGCGUCGAAGACGGGGGGAUACGCAGGCUUAAACAAUGUCAAUAACGUUACUCAAGGGUUGAUCGAUGAUACAGAGAGCUUUUGGUUCGCUGAAGUGUUGAAGUAUUUGUAUCUAACAUUUGACGAUCCUAACCACAUCAGCUUGGAUGAAUUUGUAUUCAAUACCGAAGCUCAACCUUUUAUAGCACCGCAAGGAAAAGGUGUAUACGGAAGCGGAAGGCUCGUAAGCUACACCGAAGCUUUCAGCCCUACGUCCAUAUCUGCGCCUUCACCCAAAGUCAGUCCCAGCAAAUUUUUCCCUGAGGGUGUCAGCGACGGAUUCUGA